GUCGGAGGAGAGAGAGUGCAAAUUAGGGUGCAGAGAUGUCAUCUCUGAAUGCAUGCGCGAGUGUUGAUGUUGUCUACUAUAAAUAUCAAUUUCUCCUCUCAUUGACGCUAUCGCUACACUCGCAGUACAGAGCCACUCAGCAACAUUCUUGUUGAUGAGUCUGCGACACGAAGAUUCUCUGAAAUGUAUAUCAAGCUACUUCCGCAUCCGCGACAUCACUUUUAGUCUUAAGUGCUUUUCAAACACGAACAAUUACUCAAACACUCUUCUUUCAUCGUCCGUCACACCGGAAGAUCUGACCCCACAACUCUUUUUUCUACUUCUGUUAUAUUCGUGCUCCUACUACUACGCAAGAAGAAGAACUGCCUGUCCGAGCAAGAGCUAAGAAAAAUGUCGCUACGACUAUCACACACCCCCUCUGUAGCUACGGCCGCGGCUGUGCUUCUCAGACCGGGCUCGUUCCUGUCAGCGAUUCGUUUCCUGAGCAUCUUAAGUUGGACUACCCAGCAAGAACUCUUCGUAUCUGCAUCGAGUUCUCGCACCGGAUCUUCGGCAUUUCUGGGAGUCGGCCUUGCACAGAAAACCGGCGCGGCUGCUGUCUCCUCGAGUGCUUCUCGUGGUCCGUCUGCAAUUUACGCCACUUACCCGGACGGAAUAGCGGCUCUGAAGCCCAGCGGCUUAGGCAGAGAAGAUGUUGCGUACUUCAAUGCGAUGCAGACGAGGGUCGGAAACACGAUCGAGGGCGAGGGGGUGGCCUACUUCGACUUUCUUGUUCCCGCGGGCGACAUCGGUAACGAAGAGAAGGUGUUUGCAGCUUGCUUUGGAGCAGAUGGGGAGGGAAUAAUCAACCCGCAUCACCUGAUCGCGUUCCAACAGCUGAACGCGCUUCAAAUUGCGGACAAAGAAGUCCAGUUCGCUCCCAGACUUCCGGAUGGCAGCAUUGGGGUCUGUUCGGAAAACUUCAAACUCUGCGCGUUUUAUUCCGAGGCCUCGGACCAGGUGGAGCGCGUCGUAUGCCCGGAUGAGGACGAGGAGCUUGCCGAUCCGCAAGAACAACGACGUGGCUCGCUGUGGUCUCGCUUGGCCCGGAACGUUUGCGACAGUGCUAGUGCCGGUCGGCGGCGGCGGCAGGAGCGGCUGGAGCAGUACGAGCAGGAGCAAAACCUGCAGCGACUUGAGCUGUCCGUGCGCCGGAUGCUAGAUCAGGAGCGGGGCGACACAAUGCGCAUGCGCGCAUUGGUAAAAGACACUCUGUGGCCCAAGCUGUGGAAAGUCAUUCAACAGAGCGUCAAAAACAUUGAUGAACACGAAAAGGCAAUGCGGCGCAGUGGGGGUGCGCACGCGAACGUGCUGGCAUAUUAUGACGCUGUGAGAAGUUAUCAGACGCACUGUCAUAUGAUUGUAGUCGGCGCAGCGCAGUCUUUGUCAAGAGAGCAUUGAGUCUAGCAUGGCAUUGUCCUGAUCGUAAGUUUUCUUCACGAUAGGCGAAGGAGCUCCUUUUCGUUUAGGGUGCAUUGGUAGGCUGCAUCAAUUUUGGUUCAUAGCUCUGUGCUAUAUAGUUGUGUUCUAUGUAAAUUGCAUAUUGUCAUGUGACGAAUUGCUUUUGCAUUUGCUCACAUGUUCAAAAAAAAACCUACUGCGAGUUGGAAUGCAUCAACACCAUUAGGAACAACCAUGCUGAUGAUCAUCAUAAGUGACUUCGGUCUUCUCAAUUUUGGCUGCGCUGCAGCACGCCAUUUUUUUCCCUCGGAUAACUUUCUGGAAAGCAAGGAAGGGAGCGGGGACCGCUUCAGCGUGAUUGAUCAACUGCAACUCCCUGAUGCAGCGAGACAGAUUUUGUUUGAAGACAACCACUUGGCACAGUACGUUUGGACUCCACCAUACAGGCUGGCGUACAAAAUUUUUCUGGGCCUACAGGCCGGCGAAGCGCGAUUUUGGCAGAAGGCGGAGUGGCAUCGUGACACAGACGUCUUACACGCCGGCACGCGAGCCUCCGUAGCGCUUUUUGGUCUGAGCACCACCGGAACGAAAGAUCAAAGGCAGUUCGACAACCUGUCGUCCAGCCUCAACCUUCCGCGUAGGUUCUACGCCCCAGGUCCCGGUCAGAAGGCGCAAGUUCCUCUCUCUGAAGAGGAGAUUGCUGCUCUCGAAGAGACCGCGAUCAACGCGGAAAGUGCAGAAGAAGAGCUGCUUUUCGACGGAGGCCCCUGGGGCGUGCUGCAUCGGGGACCCUACUCGCCUACACAACGCGCCUACAGCGAUGACGGGCUGCCGCGGUUGCUCUUUACGAUGGGACUUGAGGCCGUCGAGGGUUGGGACGGAUCCCAAGAAUACCAGCUGCGCACGGGGAGGGAGCAAAGGCAGACGGUGGAGGACAUAGUAUGCCUGAUACAUAUAGAUGAUUGCUCUUACUGCCCAAAUGCACCACUACCAAGAAACGAAAAUAUUCAUAGAAUUGUUGUAGAGGAUGGGUCUCGUCCAUGACCAUCUAUAAUCUCGCAUGCGAGGUAGAUUUCGAUGCGCGUUUUUCUUCUCUGAGCAUCAGCAUUAGGCUGCGAGCGAUAUUACCGGUAGCGGAUCCAGGCCAUGCCUGUUUUUCUGUACGAAAGGCUUUUUGUUGUGGAUGGAAAACAAGAAACCUGUGCAUCCUCAGAAAGAUGAAAACCCUCGGACGCGACACCAGAAGUACUACACUAUUCCGUCCAUAUUAUCGAAAAAAAAAACGCAUGUGUUGCAAGUACGUAUCAGACAUCAGUCUGAUAAUUCGGUACGUGUCCCUUCGCACGUUCUCUUUUCUUCGAUUCCUCAGGUGUUGGAUAACCGCCGCGCGAGCAGGAUGAAUCGUCGAUCUGGCCGCGGUCCUGUGUCAUCGUCCGGAGCUUCAGCAAGCGCUAUUUCACCACUGCUUCAACCCGCGCCAGGAGCCGCGGGUGUGGCGGACAUGGGUGGAUAUGAGAGCGACCAUACCGGCGCCGCGUCCGACGUCGCGGAACGUUACGGUGCAGCAGGAGCUGCGAGUUCAUCUGAAGGACGAGGAGUGGCUCCUUCCCCAAAUGAGCGCCGUCGUCGUCAUCGGCGGAAAGGCAAAGGAAGCAAAGACCGUCGGAGGACCCAGGAGCCGGGGGCGGGACGCGUCUGAGUUCUCACUCGUACGUUUUUUUGAGAACGCAUGUAGUUAUGAUUAUGUAUGAAGGUGAACUUACUAUACUAACAUCAAAAUUCGCGGCUCUCUUUGCAUAGAGAGCCUCGGGGUAACACGAAUUUCCAGUGACAAGUUGAAGCAAUUGGAUCUUCGAAAAAGUAGUUUCCUCUUAUCCACGUACUUGUUUGCGGCCAAACAAAAACGACACACUUUCCUUUUUACUGCCGCCCACACGACAUAUUUGUUCAUCAGUAGGUAGUUGGCUACUACGAUCUACUCUUUUUAUUCGUCACAUUUCAUCAUCACACGUAUGCAUGUAGGGAUCGCAACAGACAAGAUGGGCGCCCGUCGCGGCCGGGUCUCUCACGGUUUUAUAGACUGUAGGGCUGCUUAGGGUUAUUCCGAUUCUGAUUUUGUUCAUCACAUCAGCUUCAAUAAUGAGGCUCGAUCUCUACUACGUUGUUUGCCUUUCGGACUUUUACACUCUAGCACAAGAAUGGAGAACUUUACUUCAACCGAUGUUUCCGUUUCCGAAACAAUUUUGUCUGCAUUCCAGCAACGGUUGGGAUUAAAAUGUUGAAAAAAAGGCGUACCGGGACUAAAUGUUGAAAAAAAGGCGUACCGGAGGGAUAGCAACGGUUGG